AUGGCCGUGGCCUCCGUGGGUCAGCCAGCCGUGGGUCAGGAGCCCCACGAUUCUGCCCUCGGGGGGAGAGAGAGCGAGCCCAGUCCCAGGCUCUGCCCGCCGAGCCCCCCUCCCACCCCGGGGGGCCCCAGCCUCGUCCCUGAGGUGGGAGCAGCCGCGGGCACGCCCCGGGCCCAGCACAGCACAGCAGCGGGGAUGUUGGUGUGUUCUCCCGCUGGGCCUGGAGCGAUGACAGGCGUCGUCCCCGCUCCCGGUGCCUCCGCCCGCGGAGGCCCCACCCGCCGCCCGCCGCUCGAACUCACCCACCGAGGGCCGGGCAGAGCAGGUCUCCCGGCCUCCCGGGAAGGGCCGAGGGCGGGCGGGGCCUGGGACUCCCGGGCUGCCACCUCCUCCCGGCUGCACCACCUGUCCCGGCCUCUCUUGUCCCUGCCCCCUCCCUGCACCUUCUGCAAUCAAGUAGCUCGGCCUCCCUUUUCGCACACCUGCAACUGCGCGGGCUCAGCAUCCCCCCCCACCCUCGGCGACCGUGGCGGCGGGGCUCGGCCGUCGCAAGUCACAGGGAGCCGUCGACUUGUCAGAGAACUCUGCCGGGCCCAGGUCCCACUGUCCCCUACGGACGCUGGCAAGACCACUUGUUCUCGUCUUGCACACACAUUUAUUGAGCGCUCUGGUCGCCUCGAGGAGCUCCGACCCAGCGCAGGAGGCCGGCGGCUCGCGGGAGAGGCACCGCGGCCUCCGCCCCACGCCCGUGGAGCUCGGUCCCGCAGGCUCCCCGCCCGCCCCGUGCCCAACCAGGCCUGCUCUGCGGUCGCCACCAGCCCUGCGCGCCAAGCGAAAGCCAGCAAUGGUUUAGAGGGGGUGUUUGGGGACCCGCGCGAGACCCUGGAGGAUGCACGCGGCGAGCUCCGCUGGGACCUGGCCGAGCGGACCCCGCCCGCGGCCUCACGGCGCCCCCGGCCCCGGCCGCCCCUCUCGCCCGGCCCGCCGCCGCCGCCGCCGCCGCCGCGCGCGCCAGCACAGAAAGGCGGCGGCCAGGAGCCCAAGGCCCGCGCCGAGCCCGGCCAGCGACGCGCCCUGGGCCAGGUCCAGGCGGGGUCCGCGCAACGAAAAGGUGAUUCCCGUGCCGGCCGCUCCGGCCAGCACCGCCAGGACACCGAAGGGCAGGACGCAGCGCGGCCACGAGCCCCCAGCGCCGCCCGUGGCCAAGAGGAGCGCGCGCAGGGCCCCGGGGGACUCCGGGGACGCUAA